CUUGCUGUUGAUGAUGGACGCGGCCCGCUCCGGCACCACCCAUCAGCUUAUCGCCCACAACCCCUCCAAAAAUCUCUCCCUCUCUCCCUCAUACACAAAAACCAUCACCCGCAGCCACAAUGGCACCCCCACCAAAACCCCUAAAUGUCAUAGCCCUCAUCUCCGGCGGCAAAGACAGCAUCUACAGCCUCCUCCACGUCCUCUCCCUCGGCCACCGCGUCUUGGCGUUGGGGAACUUGUAUCCCCAAGCCGCACCGCACGUGACGUCAACUCCCUCCACCACCAGCAGCACCAGUACAACCACCUCCUCCACCACAGGUAGCAAUAGCGCCCCCGCCGCCGCCGAUGAUGAUGCGCCAGACCCAGAUUCGCAUAUGUACCAGACGGCCGGGCAUGCGCUGAUUCCUGCUAUUGCAAGGGCGCUGGGCUUACCCCUUUUCCGGGCUCCGAUUGUGGGAGGUGCGGUAGUGGGGGGGAGUACGUACGCGCCUUUGUCUGGGGGGGAAGGGGGAGGAGAUGAGACGGAGAGUCUGCUCCCGUUGCUGCGGGCGAUUAAGAAGGCGCAUCCUACUGCUGAUGCGGUGAGUGCUGGCGCGAUAUUGAGUACAUACCAGCGCACGCGAAUCGAGAGUGUGGCGGCGCGGAUGGGGUUGGUGCCGUUAGCGUUUUUGUGGCAGUAUCCGUGUUUAUUUAAGGAGGAUGGGGAGGCGGGGUUGUUGGCGCAUAUGGAGGAGGUGGGUAUGGAAGCGCGGAUUGUGAAGGUUGCGAGUGGGGGGCUGGGGGAGGGGGAGUUGUGGGUUGAUGUUGUGAGUCGGACUGGGAGGGAGAGGGUGGGGAGGAAGGUGGGGAGGUUUGGGGGCGUGGGAGGGGUGAUUGGGGAGGGGGGGGAGUAUGAGACUGUUGUUGUUAAGGGGGGGAGGGAGUGGUGGAGUGGGAGGGUUGGGGAGGGAGAAAGGAGGGUGGUUAGUGGGGAGGGGGGGACGGCGUGGGUGGAGUUUGAGAAGGGGGGGGUUGUGGUUGAGGAGGGGGACGGGGGUGGGGAGGGGGGGAAGGUGGAGGUUAGGAAGCCGGCGUUGUUGGAGAAGUCGUUUGAGGAGACUUUGAAAGCUGUGUUGGCUGCCAUGGAGCCAGCAGCAUCCAAAGACCUAAGAGUUGGUAUCGACGACACAACCACCACAGCCCUCUCAGCAAGCGCAACCUGGAAAACAACAGCCCACCCCAACAGCAACACCUGGACCAUCGUCCCCUCAUGCACAUCCUCCCCGCCCACAGCAGCAGAAGCCAUGGCCUCAAUCAGCACCCAACUCUCCGCCCUCCUCAGCACCCACAACCUCACCAUCAAAGACGUCGUCUCCACCACCCUCCUCCUAACCUCAAUGUCCACAUUCGCCUCCACAAACACCGUCUACGCCUCCCUCUUCUCCGCUCCCAACCCCCCCUCCCGCGCCUGCGUCUCCGUCGGCUCCCUCCUCCCAGACUCCGCACCGGUAGUGAUGCACAUCUCCCUCUCCUCCGCGCCCGCGCGGCGCGCUCUACACGUUCAAUCAAGGUCGUACUGGGCGCCUGCGAAUAUUGGGCCGUAUUCGCAGGCGCAGUGCGCACCGCUUUUGCCGGGGAAGGGGGGGGAGGGCGUGUAUAUUGCGGGACAGAUUCCGCUUGUGCCGGCGACUAUGGAGGUUGUUGAUGCGGCGGAUCAUGAGCUUGUGAAGGGGAAGGAGGGGGGUGAGGUGGGGUUGCAGGUUGUGUUGGCGUUGCAGCAUUUGUGGAGGGUGGGGUUGGCGAUGGAUGUUAGUUUCUUUGCGAGCGGGACGGCGGUGAUGGCGAGGUGUGGACUAGAGGUUGCGAGGAGGAGGGCGAGGUUGGCGGGUGUGGCUUGGGACCAGAGGCAUAGGCGGGUGGUAGAAGGAGAGGAAGAUGGGGAGGAAGAGGAUGUGGAUUUGUGGGAACUGACGAAUAGACGCGGGGAGGAGAUGAUGGGGAGUGAGAGGCAGGAGAAGGCGCUGCCGGAGUGGGAGAACGUAGAGGGGGAGGAGACGGGGUUGGGAGUUAGUCCAUUCUGGGCUGCGGAGGUGGAAGAGUUGCCGAGGGGCGUGGAUGUCGAGUGGCUUUCUGGAGCUGGGAUUGUGGGGAAGAACGUGAAGGUGAGGUCAGUGGCUUCGGGAGGUGGGAGUGGGGUGCAUGAGUGUGUGGUUGGGGGUGAGGUGGUGAUUACGACGAUGUUUGUGGGGUAUGAGGAGGCUAGGGGUAAGGGGUUGGUGAGAGUAUUACUGGGAGGGGUGUCAGGGAAGGAGGAGUUGGGGGGUGCGGAGAUGGUGUAUUUUGAUGCUGGGAUUGAGGAACUGUGGGGGGAGGUGGGGGGGAAUGUGGUCCCGUGCCGCAGUCUUUGGGAUAAGGACGGCACGAGGUUAGGAGCGGUGGUGGUGUUUAAGUCGGAGGUGUUAUAAGUGGAAGGUGCAUUGGUCGUGGCUGCCAUAUGUGAGUCCCAGCUUCUAUAAGUUGGAAAUCUCAUCAGUGGUGGGUGUCAUGGGACGUGGCUGCCAUAUGCCUAGGUCGCAGCUUCCAUAAGCUGGAAAAAUUAUAAGUGGCAGGUGCCAUAGGCCGUAACUGCCAUAUGACAGGAGUAGUAAGCUGCCGUGGUCGCGGCUUCCUUAAUGCAGAGAUGUCAAAAGUGGCAGGAGCCAUAAGUCGUUCCUGCCGUGUGUC